CUGUCGAAUAAUGUAGAAUACAUCUAUUUCAACCCUUUUUCUAGCAAAAUCCUGCCAAAAUUCUCUAUGGCAAAAACUGAAAAUUGUCUCCAUCCUAACUCAGCCAGUAUGAGUCUGGCAGUUGGGACAUUUUUAUCGGAUACUCGGCAAAGACAGAGGAACAAAACGUACCAUUCAAAUGUUUUUUAAUGAACACUUUCAUUUUUUUUUAUUGAUUGUACCAGAAAGCUACGUUUCUCUCAUGUAUAUACUUCUAUGAUAUUAAGUAAUGUUCUUGAAUUAUAUAUUAAUGAUAAUAAAUGUUCAAUACCGGACCCGGCAAGAGCUUUUCAAAUAACACGCAUAAAAUUUUUGAUGCAUGCCAAUCUCCUACAAAAAAGAAGCAUAUUUUUGAGUUACAAAUAAGAUCAUCAUAUCUUAUCAUUGCUUGCAUAUCGCAAGUACAGUUAAGCAGAUACAGAGCGAGAGUUAAAUACAUUAUGCUGAUUGCUCAUUCAAAAAAACUCAAAUAUAAUUCUUAAAUGAUGUUAUGGCUUUUUCAACUGGUAGUAUAUUGCUUUCAUGAAUUUAUCUUAGUACCUGGUAGAGAAACAUUUUAUCAUAUAAUGGUUGUUUUUCAUCUUUCAUUGAUUUGAGAGAUUUAUAUAUAGAUUCAUAACAUACAAUACAUGCUUCCUGUUGAUGUUGUGAAUCAAUGAGUGAUUUUUUUGUUGUUAAUAAUAUUUCUUCGAGAGCUUCUUUUGUAUGUGCUGCAUGAAUAACUGGCGAGCCAUAUAUAAAUUGUGAACGUUGAUAUCACUUUCUAUCAACAAUGUAUUUUGAAAAGAAUCCUGAUAAUAAUGGCAUUUCUUCUGAACUAGGGGUGGUACAUUACUGUUACUUUUACAAGUAUCAAAAUAUUGUAACUAUUCCUGUUAUCACUAACAGUAAUACUUUCCAGUUUUAUUGUUGCUGGUACAAAUUUUUAGAACAUUCCUAUUACCAGCAACAGUACAACUGAAAAGUAUUGCUGUUACUGAUAACAGGAAUAUUUACAAUAUUUGGAUUACUCGUAUACAGAGAUGGUGAUUGCAUUCUUCCUAUCUGUGCACAUACAUUGGUCGAUGUCUUGAAGGUCAACAGAACAAUUACACGACUAUUCUUCACGAAUGGUUCGCUAAAGUAAGAGAGUCGGAUUUUUUUCGGACAUUUUUAGCGAAAGGGUCAGAUCGACGUAGACAGGUUGAGAAGUUUACAAAUUUACCAUACAGGAUAGUUCAUAGAAGAUUUUUUUUCGCGGAAAUAUUAUUCCUUCAAACGUUGUAGCAAAAACAAAAAGACUUCUUUUCAAGGAUGCGAGUUAUGAAGUUAAAACCGCUAUAACGCUGGAAGGACCAUGUUUUCAACGGAAAAAAUUGAAAAGCUGAGAUAUUUUGCCUAGUGUAAAAAUUUUAGCCCGUUUGGAUCAAUUUUUUGGCGUGGUCGUAAUAUAGCCAGAUGUGAGCUGGGAGAUUUUGUGGCUCAAGUUAUUCUCGCAAGACAUCAUAAAAACGGUACCUCUCGUACGAAGUUCUAACUUCUCGAAAAAUUGAACCAUUGAUCUUUAAUUUAUCGAAUUAGUCUUUCAAAGAAAACCUAUUUGUUCUGCAUGAUAAAUGCUGAAAAAGUGAAACUUUCGAUGUUCAUUUUGAGUAUAUUUAAAUUUUGAACUUCUCGAAAGUCACAACAGCUGUGAAAUAUCUCAUUUUCAUGAAAAUUUUGUCCACUGUAAUUUUUUUGUCCCAACCAAAAUCGAAAAGUUUGAUAGCAAAAAACUCUUUGUGUUUUUUUACCUUUUAAGUGAUGAUGAUUUUGAAAUGAUUACAAGUGAACUGAAGAAAAAUGAUGCAAAUGUAAAAGCAUUGUAUACGGCAAAUAAUUCUCAGCUGACUGUUCGAAGUGCACCAUAUUUGAGUGAAAUGAUUGAAGCAACAACAAAAUUAGUCAAGAUAAGCUUUGACGAAAAAAGUAUUGAUGACACAUGGGCAAUUCAAAUUGCUUUAGCAAUGAAAGUGAACAGAUCAGUGAAGACCCUCUGGCUACAUCAUUGUCGGAUUAAAGAUGAAGGUGCUAAGGCACUUGGGGAGGCUUUAGCGAUAAAUCAUACUUUGACAGAUUUAGGAUUGAAUUUCAAUCCAAUUCAUAGUGGUGGUGCUGCAGCCUUGGCAAUGGGACUGCAACAGAAUGCAACGUUAACGUUUCUUAAUAUGAGAGGUCUCUCAAAAACAAGUGAGGGAGCUAAAGCAUUGUUAAAUGCUAAAAGUGGCAUACUCCGUAUUGAUUUUUGA